AUGAUUUUACUCAUCUGUGUGUUUGCGUUGACACUCGUCCCGUUAACGACCGAACGGGACAGCCAACUAUUCAAAGUGAUCCUUACAAUUUUAAAUCAAUCCAAUUGCCCUGGAAUUGUUCUUUCCCUCUCUGAAACUGAGAAUGAAAUCUCAUUAGUCAACCUAUUGACAGGUGAUAACAGAAAACCCGUCACGCUGUUCUCUCACGGACGUAACGAAAUCGUUUGCAAUGAUGCGGUCGUGUCGUGUUACAGCAACGCCAAUGAGCUUUCGACGAUCUACCGCAAACUCGUCAAUCAUUUCCAUCUGAACAAAGUGAUUGCUGUUACGAAUUUGACUGACCAAGCCGACAAACUGUUGCUGGACGUGAUGAACGAACGAGUUUUCGUGCUGCUCGAACAACCGGACAUUUUAAUCAAAUUAUUAAGAUGGUCCGUCAAUGAAAAUCGCAUCAUCCGCUAUGAGAAUCUCAGCGUUUUCGACACCCGCGAACUUUUGAAUCUCAAAUUGGCUGGCCGGCAUCUUAGAAUCGCAACGCUUCAUCAUCCGCCAGCUGUCGUUGUGCGUGAGCCGGGCACCGAACUAGAGGGGAUCGAGCCAUUAAUCGUGAAACUCAUCGCAGAAAAAUUGAAUUUCACAUUCACGUACGUCUUAGCACGAGCCGACGAGAUGUGGGGGGACAUGGUGAAGAACAAGACGACGGGCAAGAUAAUCGAAUUCACGGGCAUCCGGGGCAUGUUGGUGAGAAAAGAAGUUGAUUUAGCGUUCGGAGAUUUGUACAUGAUGCACUCCUGGUUGCCUCACAUCAGUUUCAGUCAAAUAUACAAGACAGAUUACGAUUGUUUCGUAGUGCCCGGUCCGAAACCAUUGGCCAAUUGGACGGCGUUAAUUGCCCCGUUUUCUUCAAACACUUGGCUGGCCACUUGUGCUUCUCUCUUGCUCGUCACUAUCGCUCUCUUUCUAGCUGGUAAAUUAUAUCAGCGAAGAUCAUUGAUCGCUUCGUUCAUUUUCGUUCUCGGUCAGCUCCUUUGGAUCCAACAACCUCGUCUACCCGAUGGAAGGGCGUCCGUCUGCCGCUUGUUUCUCAUCUGGUGUUGGCUUUUCGCAGCUACCAUCUUGUCCACCGUUUAUCGUUCCGGUUUGAUUUCAUUCCUAACUGAACCGUUCGCCCAGCAACCCAUCGAUACGAUCCAGCAGUUGGUAGAGAGUCCCCUCAAUAAAAUGAUGUUCAGCGAUUUCUACAAGACGGUGCUGUUGAAUUCAUCGGAUCCUCAUCGUCGUCUGUUAGGUCAUCAACUGACCACCACUAAUAACAUCAGUCACAUGCUAUCCUUGCUGGAAACUGGCCAAUGGGCAGUCGAUUCAUCGCUGGAUAGUUUGAAUUAUUUAAUGAUGACACAAUCGAGUUCGCCGCAUGAUUUGCACGUCAUGAAGGAGAGGCUGUUCCCGACACGUUCGUCCUUUGGCCUUCAAAAAGAUUCACCUUUGAAGGCCCGAAUCGACCUUGUGCUUCAACGUCUGACCGAAGCCGGUUUGGUUGAUUACCACCGUUCGAUGAAGCCAUCCGGAAGACAUCGGCAAAGUGCUCCAACCUUGGUGCGAUUCUCUUUGAUUAAUUUAGAAGGGGCAUUCUACUUACUGGCCAUUGGCAUCGUUAUCUCGAUCACGGCCUUUUUAAUUGAAUGGAUCCUUGCUGUUUUGAUUCCAUCCGGCUAAAAAUUCGAUGUGUUUUUUCUAAAGAAAUAAGUGGACCCUGUUUAUAUUUGAUUGUUUAUCAAGACACAUCGUUUUGAAUUUAUUACAUCGGUGCCAUGUUAUUGACAAGAUUAUAACAAACGAGUUAUCAGAUG